AUGCGAGGCAUCACCGAACUAGAUAAGGAAAGGUUAGAAGGAUCACCUAAAAUCGAAGAAUCCAAUCAAUCAGAUCAACAACAAAAACAACAAGGUACCAAACCUAAAAAAAAGAAGAAAAAAAAGAAGAAGAAUAAUAAGAAAAAAGCUUCAGUUCAAGAUAAAUUAGAUGAAUUGUUAACAGAAAGUCACCAAAGCAUCGAUUUGGAUGAGAAACCUAAAAAUAGCGAUUUAGAUACAAUUAUGAAUGGUAUAGAAGAAUUUUUAAAAGAAGAUGACAACAAAAAGACUAUUGUUACCAGUGAUGAAGAUAAACUUGAUGUCAAAGUUAACAUUAUCGAUGACUCUGUGGAUAAGACUGCUUCUGAGAACAAUGAUGAACCCUCUAUAAUUAAUGACAUUAAUGAUCAAGAAGUAGAAGAACAAGGGACACCAGGGAAUAUCAUUGAUGAACCAAAAGAUUUAGCUAGAACUUCUAAAAGUCAAGAUACUUCUGAAAUUGAGAACUCAAUUGAUAAGGAUGUCAAUGAAGAAUUAGGCAACAAUAAGGAAAGUUCUACAUCUUCUGUCAGCGAGAAAAGGUCUGACUCUAAUAUAAAUGAUAUUGAGUCUGAAAUAAACGAGCUGGCUUCAACAGUUCUGGAAUCAACUUUAAAGGCUGAGAUUGAGAUAGAGAAAGAAGAUGAUAUUUUAUUGGCGGCUGUUAAAAGUGUAAAACAAGAUACACUUUUGUGUAUAGAUUCGGAGUAUAAAGAAGCCACAAAGAAGACUAAAGAGAAGCAACAUAUUGAGAUACAACAACAUCGAGAUGUGAUAAAGAAGGUAGAAUCUGAUGUCGAAAUUUCACAUCUUGCCCAGUCAGCAGAAGAGGAGUCACAGAAAGCUUCAUUAGAAGAAAGUAAACCUGAAGAUAUCGAUCCAGAUGUAAGUUUUGAAAAAAAACUUGAAUCUAUAUCUGGUGAAGAUACACAUCUGAAAGCCGAUGGUACAUUAGCUGAAGAUGAAAAGAUGAUCGAUAAAUCUAUUAUGGAACCUGAAAUUACUAUGGAUAAUGAUGUUGUUACUGAUGAUGGUACUGAGAGGAAAGAUAUUAAGGAAGAUAGCUUUAACAUUUGUGUUGAGAAAAAUAAUGUAACUAAUAAGAAAGCUGAAGUCAAAACUUUAAAUACAGAUAUGACCGAAAUCAAGACAGAAGUUGAGACAGAAAUCAAGACAGAAGCCGAGACAGAAGUAAAGGCUGAAGUUGAGACAAAAGUCAAGACAGAAGUCAAGGCUGAAGUCAAGGCCAAAAUCAAGGAAGAAGUCAAGGAAGAAGUUGAUUCGGAAGUUAAGGAAGAAGCUGAGUCUGAAAUUAAAUCAGUGGAAAAUUUUAAACCAAAGGAUUCUGCUGACAGCAAAGAGGAGAAAGAAGUAACAGAAAAGAAUCAACCAAUAAAGGCUAAUAUUGAAAAUGAAACAAAGGAACUUGAUGUAAAUCAGCUAGAGGAUAAAGAAAGUGACGUUUCUGAGAAUAAAAAAGCUAUAAAAGUACAUGAUAGUAGUCUGAAAGUCCAAUCUGAUGUAAAUGAGAAAGAUGUUUCCUUGAAGAGUAUCGAUGCUGCGAAUCCAUCCAAACCAGUUGGUAAUAAGAUAUCUGCUGCUAUCUGUGAUGAUAAUUCUGAUCAAAAAAUUGAAUCGAGAGAAGUACAUGAAUCUCAAGUAGAACCCGAUGCAAAUGAAGAGUUAACCGAAUUGUCUAAAGAAUCAGAAAGUAAGUCAGGAAGGGACCAUGUCGAGAAGGAAGAAACUGAGAAACUCACAGAAUCCAAAUUAGAAAGGAAUGUAUCUGAUAUAUCUGAAACUCAGGCAAAGGAAUCUGAAGAACAAGAAGAACAGUUCGAUGCAGAUGUACAGUCGGUCAAGGGACCAGGGGAAAAAGAACUAGAAAAAGAAUUAGAGGAAAAAGAAUUAGAGGAAAAAGAAUUAGAGGGAAAAGAUGGAACUGUCGUUCCUGAAACCUCUAAAUCUACAGAAGAAGAAUCUGUUGAGGUGAAAGAACUAACUAAAUCUGACAAAGAAUCUGUUGAGGUAAAAGAACCAUCCAAAUCUGACGAAGAAUCUGUUGAGGUGAAAGAACCAUCUAAAUCUGACGAAGAACCUGUUGAGGUAAAAGAACCAUCUAAAUCUGAUGAAGAACCUGUUGAGGUAAAAGAAUCAUCUAUACCUGAAGAUGAAAAGCCUCAGGAUAGUGAACUAUCAAAUGUAGUAGAUGAAAAGUUUGAGAUGGUCUCAGAUAAAUCUGACAUAUUAGAAGAUGAUUCUUCAGUCGAAAUGGAAACAGCCAAGACACAGCAAGAAUAUAUUGCAUAUAUAGAGGACGAACCUAAGGAAGAUGAUUUGGAUGCAGAGCCAUCCAUAGAGUCCUCAGUUAAAGAGACCCCAAUAGAAUCAGAACUAGAAUCUGCGCUACUGGCAGAAGAUGAAUCUUCAUUUUCUGAUGACCAUUUUACGGAACCAUUAUCAUUCGGAGGUGAUUCGAGUGAGAAAACCGGAGAAACAGAUGAACCUGAUAAUAAAUCAACAGAAGAUAUAAGCAAGAAAACCAAGAGUCUAGAAGAUUUAAUCGACGACACUGAUGAACUAUUAAAAAGUUUAGAAUUUGUGAACGAUGCUGAAUUAGAAGACAUGCUAUUAGCCUUAGAUGGCAAACCAACUAAAAAAGUGAAUGAAACCAAAACAACGAAACCAUUAGCUACUAAAUCGGAAGGUAAGAAGGAGACCAUGGAAACGAAAAAACCAGAGUCUACUGUGAUCAAGAAGAGUGAGAUCAGAGAACAAAAUCUAAAAGAACCUAUUUACAUCUACACAUCACUUGCUGGUGGUGGUUUCCACAUGAUUCCACGAACCAAUAGAUUGACUACUAUUUUGACGGCGAAUAAAAUUGAAUUCACAUAUCGAGAUCUUGGUACUGACGACGAAGCCCGGAAAGUAUGGAAAUUAUAUGGUAGAGGAAGGACGUUACCAGGAAUAGUAAGAGGAAGAGACGACAUAAUAGGUAAUUGGGAAGAAAUUGAAGAAGCUAAUGAAGAUUACAGGUUACACGAGUUAAUAUACGAUACGAUAUGA